UCAGAAUAGAUCCCUAUGUUUGCAAGCAAAGAAAUAAAUUAUGCUCCACAUGUUAACCAGGGUAGGAAAUCUUGUGCAGGGUCCAUACCAACUUUAUUAUCAGGGCCCUUUACCAUUCUCCGUUCUUUACAGCAGAGUGAAAACAACCUUAUACAAGGUGCUGAAGGUAUGGCUCGUCUAAGUUACACAAUCGAGUAUGCAGAAGCGAUUACGGAUGCUUACGACUCUGUAGUAGUUGUUGGAGAAAAUUUGAAACAGGAGCAUUAUGCUGCAUUUACUAAACCAUAUUUGCAAGCAAUAAAAGCAUUGUCAGCAAAUGAUCAAAGUGUGUUAUCAAAUGUAACAGCAACUAGUUUAGCAGAAGGUGCUGUCAAAUUUAUGGUGUGGUCUCCCACUGGCCCAGUCAAUCGUGAUUAUGAUGACGUAAGAAGAUACCAAGAUGCUGCAUUGGCUGGAAUCAAACGAGCAUUGCGAGCUGGAAAAGAAUCACCACUGCUGGUAGUUUAUCAUGCUGAUCAACAUUUAACUUCGACAAAGUACAAGGAUGUCCUUCUUGUGUCCUUGUUAGCUGCUUGUGAAGCUGUAUACGUGCCAAUUGAAGUCAGAGAAGCACAACCAGAGAAAGCAACGAAAAUUAAUAAAUUAGGAGUUAACUCGUUGGAGCUUCAAAAAACAGAGGGGGACGUGUUGGUUGAAAAAGCUGUUGGAAUCGAAAUUGGACGAGUGAUCGCCCGAGAUAUUGGUGGGUCUGAUCCUGAACGAAUGUCUGCAGAAAGGACGGAGCAAUAUGUUGCAAAAAUGUUUAAAGAUACUUGUAUUAAGAUAAAUGUAACAAAAGGCCAAGAUGCUUUUGAGAAAGAUUACCCACUGUUUGCUGCUGUUAACCGCUGUGCUGAUCACAUCGAAAGACACAGAGGUCGUAUAAUCUACCUAGAAUACUGUGGCGAUGAAAUUAAGGAGACCUAUCUUUUUGUGGGAAAGGGUGUAACUUACGAUACCGGUGGGGCAGAUGUCAAAGCCGGUGGGCAUAUGGCUGGUAUGCAUCGUGACAAAUGUGGUGCGGCAACAGUAGCUGGGAUAUUUGGGAUGCUAGCUCACCUGAAGCCCAAGGGUGUUAAAGUUGUUGGUCGCAUGGCUAUGGUGAGGAAUAGUAUCGGAGCAGAUGCCUACGUUGCUGACGAAAUUAUCACUUCGGCUGCCGGUGUUCGAGUCAGGGUUGGUAACACUGAUGCUGAAGGUAGAAUGGCAAUGACUGACCCGCUGCAUCACACAAAACAACAGGCGUUGGAAGAAGUGAAGCCACAUUUGUUUACAAUUGCAACUUUGACAGGACAUGCAAUCAUCGCCAUGGGUGAUGCGUACUCUAUCGUGUUAGAUAAUGGACCAGCAGAAGUAGAGGGAUUUGCAAGACAUAUUCAACAAAUUGGCGCAAGCCUGUCUAAUCCAUUUGAAGUUUCAAUGUUGAGACGAGAGGAUUACAAUUUCGUUGCUGGUCGAAAUGAAUACGAGGAUGUCAUACAGUGUAACAACAAACCAUCAUCUGGCACCCCACGUGGCCACCAAUUCCCUGCAGCUUUUAUGAUUCGCUCUUCUGGACUCGAUAAGCAUGGCAUUGAUUCUGACCGUCCAUUGAAGUAUUCUCACGUGGAUAUUGCAGGAUCAUCAGGACCUUACCCUGGCAUGCCGACUGCAGCACCUUUGAUUGCGUUCGGAAGAUUAAUGAAGGCUUUUUAAAAUUGGAAUUUUAGUAAACUAAUAUCAUAAUAUUUGCGACUUGCAAAAAUUUUCGGUUACUGCCUUUUAAGUCCCUAUGCGCUGGUCUUGUAACGUUUUACACAGCGAAAAGGACCCGAGUUACGUUUUUGUCUACGAGUGUUUGGCGGUGGAAAUGACGAAAAUUCUUUAAAAAAAAGUACUGUCGCAAGUAUCACGCAUAUUAAAUUUUAUAUAAAAAGAAUAUAAAUUUAGAAUUUAAAAAUAUAAUUUGGAUAUAAAUAAUGAAGUCUUUUACUGUAUUAGUGUGAUGAGAUCAUUUACUUCUUUUUGGCACACCGUCUUGUUUGAAUUGUCUAAUAAUAAUAAUCUUAAA